AUGAGGGAAUUCUUUUGCUACAGAAUGCAAGACAGACCGAAUGAGUAUUCACUGUUACUUCAUGUAGGGAAAUUGUACCAUCAGUUCUCUGUUGAUGGUUACACAAUGGUAGAAGCUGACCGAUUGUCAUAUGUUAAAUGUAACCAGAAAAAACUCAGAACCGAUACCUUCCAAAAUUUGACAACAAAUAUCGAAAAUGGCACCAUUGAUGCAUCAGAGACUGGUAAGCGUAUAUUAAUUCCUUCAUCGUUUACCGGUGGGAGCAGGUACAUGAUGCAAAAGUACUUGGAUGCAAUGGCUAUAUGCAAGUCAGUCGGAUAUCCAGAUUUGUUUAUUACUAUUACUUGCAACCCCAAUUGGCCCGAGAUUUACCGCUGUUUGAUUGACAAAAAUCUAACCCCCGAAGACAGGCCGGGUAUAAUAUCUAGAAUGUUCAAGAUUAAAUUGGAUGAAAUUAUAAACGAUUUCGUGGAAGAGGAAUUCUUUGGUCCGGUGCAAGCAGUUAUUUAUACAGUGGAGUUUCAAAAAAGAGGCCUACCUCAUGCUCAUAUUUGUUUGUUUUUGGCUCCCGCAAACAAGUUUCCACGUGCAACAGAUGUCGAUAAAUACAUUAGUGCCGAAAUACCAGACCCAAAAGAAGAUCCAGAGUUGUAUGAACUUGUCAAACAGUUCAUGAUGCAUGGACCUUGUAGAGCUGAAAAUCCCAACUGUCCUUGUAUGGUUAAAGGAAAAUGUACAAAGAAUUUUCCCAAGAAAUGGAAGGAUGAAACGGUUGUCGAUUCUGAAGGUUAUCCUGUAUAUAGACGUCGUAAUUCAGGAAUUACCAUAGAAAAAAAUGGUAUUCCUCUUGAUAACAGCAUGGUGGUACCUUACAAUGCUACACUUCUCCGAAGAUACCAAUGUCACAUUAACGUAGAAUGGUGCAACCAAUCAGGCUCAAUCAAGUAUUUGUUCAAAUAUAUAAACAAAGGACCCGAUAGAGUUACGGCAACUGUGUAUCAAACCAAUGUAGAUGGUACAACAACUCAGAACAACAAACCCAAAGAUGAGGUGGAGAAUUACCUGGAUUGCAGCAAAAGGAUAUGGCAACGAAGAACUGUUGAAGGACGUGGUUCUAUAGGGAGGAUAUGCUAUGUCCCACCAUCUCUUGGUAAAGUAUAUUAUUUAAGAAUCCUGCUCAAUCAUGUUGUUGGACCAAAAUGUUACGAGGAAAUCAUAACAGUCAAUGGACGUAAAUGUGAUAGUUACAAAGAAGCAUGUUUCGAGUUACGACUUUUAGAUGAUGAUAAAGAAUAUGUUGAUGCAAUUUUGGAAGCAUCUCAUUGGGCAACAACAUCAUAUCUCAGAACCUUCUUUGUCCAAUUGUUACUUUCAACUUCUGUAGCACGGCCAGAUGUUUUAUGGAAGAAAACAUGUAAAGUUUUAAGUGAAGAUAUGUUACAUAUGCAAAGAAGAAUCUUAAACUGCCCAGGUUUGCAGCUUCAAGAAGAAGAUAUUCACAAUCUCUGCCUAUCAUAUAUCGAGCAAUUGUUACUUAACAAUGGUAGUACCCUCAGAAACUUUCCCGACAUGCCUUUCCACACUACAAAUUAUAUUGCAUCACUCAAUAACCGCUUAAUUGCCAAUGAACUGCUUUAUGAUAAAAGGGCACUAAGUAUUGAACAUCAACAGUUGUUAGCCUGCUUAACUGUUGAACAGAAACAGUUGUAUGAUACCGUUAUUAGUUCUGUUGCUAAAAACGAUGAAGGAGUUUUCUUCGUUUAUGGAUAUGGAGGUACAGGGAAAACUUAUCUUUGGAAGACUCUAACAGCUGCAUUACGAUCCCAAGGACAAAUUGUGCUAAAUGUAGCCUCAAGUGGAAUAGCAUCACUUUUACUAAGUGGUGGAAGGACUGCACAUUCAAGGUUUGUUAUCCCAAUUAACAUCACUAAAAACUCUAUUUGUUCCAUAGAUCCAUGCAGUGAAUUGGCAGCAUUAAUCAAGAUCAGUAAAUUGAUCAUUUGGGAUGAAGCUCCCAUGAUACACAAACAUUGUUUUGAAGCUCAUGAUAGAACAAUGAGGGAUAUUCUAAGAUCAACCCAACCAAACAGCAAAGACAAAGUUUUUAGAGGCAAAGUAGUGGUCUUUGGCGGUGACUUUAAACAAAUCUUGCCUGUCAUAACAAAAAGAACCAGAAGCAUGAUUGUAAAUGCAAGUCUAAAUUCCUCAUAUAUAUGGCAUCAUUGUAUAGUGCUUAAAUUGACUGUCAAUAUGAGGCUAAAAGUUGGAACACAACAACAAGAUUUACAAGAGGUUCAAGAAAUUUGCUGA